ACCUCCUAUAAACUCCAUACAUUCAAACCAAUGUUGUUUUCAUUCUCGUUACAACGACCGGAAGAGGCAGGUAAACCUAAACAAACAUGGUGAAGACCCUUAAGGAUCACCUUAUCGACACCUUUGACGAUAUGACUCAGGAAUACGUAAAGAAAUUCAAAAGUAAGUUGUGUAAUAGGAGUCAAGAACCGCGCGUCCGCCGAGGUGCCAUCGAAAAGAUUAAAGACUCGCUGGAUCUGACAGACUUGAUGGUGGACACAUUCACAUCGAUCGGAGCUGUUACAGUGACAAUCGAGAUUUUACAAGCUAUUAACUGUAACGAACAAGCAGUCUCUCUGAGUAAGGCCACGGAACAGACUGGAGAACGAGGCAGUGCCAAUGUUACGCCAGGAAACUCAAGUGCGCCAUCUAACGGUCAACAAUUCAUCGAUAAACAUCGAAUACAGCUCAUAGAACGAGUUAGGAAUGUAGAUGCCAUCCUAGAUGAACUUCUUGUGAAAAUGAUCAUCAGUCAAGAGGAAUAUGAUAAAAUCCGCUCUAAAAGCACCCCAACAGAGAAGAUGAGAGAGAUAUUUUCUGGCCCAAUGAUUUCUGCUGGAAAUGCAGGAAAAUUGGCUUUAUAUGAGGCUCUUAUGAAGUCACACCCUCCGUUAAUGAAAGAUCUUGGAGCUCAGUGAAAUACAAAUGUAUAUCCUGUCACCCCGAAUAUUUCUUUUAUUGAGUUGUUUUUAGUGCUGUUUUAUGAGAUGUAUUACGCAAUCAAGUAAUUUUGAAUUUAAAUGAAAAAUUGUAAACAAAAGCUGUAUAAACCUACCAUAUAAAUCUAUGGUCAACCUAGCAAUUAAAUGUACUAAAUUGUCAUCUUUUUUAAAGGUUUUAUAACACAGGACAGUGGCCAUGAUCCUAACAAUAUUGUUUUAGCUUUGUAUUUUUAUUGAUAAUCAAUAAACAAGCUAAUCAAGAAA